AUGGGGAAGAACAAGGGCACCGGUCGGGCCCUGACGCAGGAGGAGAUUUGGGAUGACUCUGCGCUCGUCCAGAGUUGGGAUGAAGCUGUCGAAGAAUACAAGCUCUAUCACAGCAUCGCCGCCAAAGGCGAGAAUGUUGAAGAUGUCCUGAGGGAGGCAGAAGCGGCUGCUGAGGCCGAGGCGGGUCCAUCGAUGUCUUGGGCCCAAGUCGAGAAGGACGAUGACAUGGCUGACGUGGACGCGGAUGCUUAUGAGCCAGCUGCCGCUGCAGUUGAGACGCACGUCUCGCAGGCACAGGCACCGGAUGUGGCUGCGGAGGUGAAACAACCUCAAGACGCCGCGGCUGGGACUGCUCAAACACAAGCACCGACCAUGCCGUAUCCCCUUCUCCCCCAAACUCAAGACGAGGGGCUGAAGAACCUCAUGAUGGCGUGGUACUAUGCUGGGUACUACACUGCUCUGUACCAGGAACAGCAACGGGCCAGUGGGAAUAGUACAAGCUCAUGA